AUGUCAGGGUUUGUAUCCGAUAAGCCAAACGUACCGAGGCCGAUUGCUGCAGACUUUAAUUCCAGUACCGUCAGCACACUAUCGACUUCUAAUUCUGGAUUAUUUCAACGGUUUAAGGAUUCUUUCAAGAGGGCUGAUGUCGUUGAAGAUGUUCAUGAGAAGGAAGGCCAGGAGGAGUAUGCUACGGGAUUAAAUAAGACUCAACAAAAACUAAAACACAAUAUCAAAACAAGACAUCUAACUAUGAUAUCUCUUGGAACGGGUAUUGGAACGGGUUUGUUGGUUGCUUCUGGUAAAGCUUUACAUUAUGGCGGUCCUGGCGGCCUUUUAAUUGGGUAUUUGACAACAUCUACUAUGCUUUACUGUGUUGUUCAAGCGUGUUGCGAGUUGGGUGUGGCUUAUGCUACUCUACCUGGUAAUUAUAACGCAUAUCCAACAUUUCUGGUUGAUCGUGGCUUCGGAUUUGCUGUUGCAUUAGUUUAUGGGUUACAGUGGGCAAUUGUUCUACCGUUAGAACUAGUGACAGCGUCUAUGACAAUAAAGUAUUGGACUGAAUCGGUCAACCCAGACGUCUUUGUUGCCAUCUUUUACCUUUUCAUUGUAUUCAUUCACUUUUUUGGCUCGCGUGGUUAUGCAGAAUCAGAGUUCAUUUUUAAUACUUUAAAGGUAUUGUUAAUGGCUGGGUUUAUUAUUAUGGGUAUCUCGUUGAACUGCGGGGCCUCUAAACUUGGUUACAUUGGAGCGAAGUACUGGAGUAAUCCUGGCACUUUUGCGGGAGAGAGGUCAAUCAAUCAUUUGAAGGGUAUUUGUUCCGUGUGGGUACAAAGUGCUUUUGCCUAUGGUGGUUCGGAAUUCAUUGCAUUAACGGCUGCUGAACAAGCGAACCCAAGAGAGUCAGUUCCCAGUGCUACCAAGAGAUGGCUAUACAGAGUGGUGGUGGUGUUUUUGAUACCUAUCGCCUUGAUCUGUUUCUUAGUCCCAUACACAUCUGACCAGCUACUAUCAUCCUCUGGAGCUUCUGCCUCCCAUGCAUCUCCAUUUGUUAUUGCUGCUGCCUACCAUGGAGUCAAAAUUGUUCCACACAUAAUUAAUGCUAUUAUUUUGACUUCAGUGAUAUCUGUAGGAAAUUCCGGCAUGUAUUCUGCUCCUCGUAUUCUUCUUUCUUUAGCUGAAAAUGGCCUCUGUCCAAAGAUAUUUACCUAUGUUGAUAGAGCUGGUAGACCGUUGGCUACUUUGCUAUUUGUUUGUGUCUUUGGUCUACUGUCAUUUGUUGCUGCAUCGAAAAAUCAAGAAUCUGUCUUCACAUGGUUAACUGCCAUUGCAGGUUUGUCUCAGCUGUUCACCUGGACUUCUAUUGCCCUUUCACACAUUAGAUUUAGGGCCGCUAUGAAAGUACAAGGUAGAUCCCUAGGUGAAUUAGGCUACACAUCCACCACUGGUGCAAUAGGUUCAUACUAUGCUGUAUUCUUCAAUAUUGUGGUAUUGGUCGCUCAAUUCUGGAUUGCAAUUGCACCUAUUGACAAACAUGGCGAAUUAGAUGCAGAGUCUUUCUUUAAAAAUUAUUUGGCAUUCGCAGUCCUAGUCCUCUUCUACGUUGGUUACAAAAUAUGGUAUAGAGAAGUUCAAUUGCUCAUUCCUGUAGACAAAAUAGAUCUGGAGACUCAUAGACAAAUAUUCGAUGAAGAGGUUCUUCAACAAGAGGAGCUCGAACGUAAAGAAAGAAUGAAGACAGCCUCUUUCAAACAACGUUUCAUAGCUUUCUGGUGUUAA